AUUAUAUGCCUGACUAUGACCUUCUAUCCUGAACUUGAGACUCAUUUUUCUCAUAAGGAUGGAUCUGAGUUGAUACCAUAUGAGCGAGGGAUACUCGUGGGAAUGAAGCGGAAGCGAGCUACCUUUGAAGAGAUCAGCAAGGAAACCGGGGUUUCACGGCGAACGAUUCAGAAAGUCAUAAAAAGAGCCCGGACUGACCAUGGAUAUCAGGGUCGAAGCCUGGUAGGAGGUAGAGGAAGGCCGAAAAAGCUUUCAAAAGAUAAAGAGAAUGCUGUAAGUUAUGAAUAUUAUUUAUACUAGUAAUGAGUUAAUUAUGUUAGUAUUAACAAAAGUAGGUACGUGAUAUGGCAUGCAAGCAUCCAGAAUACAGACAUGAGCAGCUAGUAAAUGCUGUUGCCCCUGAAAAACAGCUCUCCACUCGAACGAUCCGCCAUUGUUUGAAAAAAGCUGGCAUUAGAAAAUGGAUGGCCAAGAAGCGAUCAAUGUUAACCGAGUUCGAUGCCUGCGGCUGGCUUGAAUUUGCAUGAAAAUGGUCUCAUUUAACGGUAGACGAUUGGAAAAGCUGUUUUGCUUUUAGCGAUGAGACAUAUGGGCGCAGAGGGGCCAAUAAGGGCCGUUCUCAGCUGUGGUAUUUCCGGAGUUCUUGGUUUACACCAACUCGAUGGCGGCGAUGCGGUCGGCCUAAAUUUCACGGUCGUUUUGUGAAUGCCUCUGGUCGUCAGGCUCAGCGUUGUAUAGGAGUCAUGGUAUGGGGUGCGAUGAUGGGAAAGACAAGAACUCCAUUGAUCAGAAUGAGUGGAGAUCCUAAUGCCUAAAGACAUGGUGUCACAGGCCGUGUUUAUUUACCAAUCUUGGAACAUGAAUUGCCAAUUCUAGCCCAAGCAGUUCCUUGUGGUCAGAUCUUCCAUUUUAUGCAAGAUGGUGCCGGUAUUCAUCGCUGGACUCCUGUGAAGGAAUGGCUACAGCAUUUGGAGCGUGAAGGAAUUGAAGGGCAUCCAUUUAAAUGGAUCAAAUGGCCUCCUUACUCUCCUGAUCUCAAUCCUAUUGAGAAUAUAUGGAGUGUCAUGAAGAGUCAAAUGGAGCGAAAAUAUCCAGAGCUACUGCAGAUGGAUAUUGGAAGGCUUAGAGUUUCUCGAUCAGUUAUACAGACUGCGAUCUUUGACGCUGCGAGCAGUUGCUGGAAUCAGAUUGCAGAUGAGGUUUUUGAAUGGGUGGCAGCAAGUAUGGUUAAGCGGAUUCAUGCCGUAAUCAAGGCAGAUGGAUGGUAUACGAAGUAUUAGGUGCUAUUAUGUUUUUUUAUAUUUUUUAUCUGCAGGUUUCUCACUAUCUUGUACUUUUUUUUGUGUUUCUGGAUCAUCACGCACUUUGGUUUUCUUGAGGUUUGUGGUUGCUACCAGAUGUAUUUUGGCUUACUAAAAUGUGAACGUAUUUUUGCCCCCCGCUGUAUUGGGCCGGGAAGUGAAAUCUCAAUUGAAGUCCAGCAGCAGGGAGAGAGGAAUUCAAAAGGGAAGGUGAUAUUAUGGGUAAUUAGCACCGUAUUUUGGAUAUUCCCUUUUUUUUUCUUUUUUUUUCUGCUGCUGAACCCAGAGUUUUUGACUUUGGUGAAAAUUCUAC